AUGGGAAUCCCAGCACUCCAGGAAUCUGCAGAGCCUCGGAUCACGGAUCCCCGCAGGACCUGGAUCUCCUUCGUGCACCGCCCCGACGACGGAAACAAUUCCAAGAGGAGAUGCAAAGGCAAAGACAAGAAAUUGCGAGGCCUGGUUGGGCCUCCGGGGCCUCCUGGGCCUCAGGGGCCUCCGGGAGCUCCUGGGGCUGAAGUCACCAGGGAAGUUCUUCUACAGGAAUUCAAGGAGAUCUUAAAAGAAGCCAUGGAAUACCGAUCCUCCCAGCCCAUCCCAGCCCAUCCCAGCCCGCUGCCCCCGGGGCUGCUGUCCCUGCAGGAGCUCCCGUCCCGCCGGCGCCUGGACGAGGCUUUCCACUGCCAGCUCAAGGGCCAGCUCAUGGUGGACAAGAAAACCUUGGUGGAGCUGCACAAUUUCCAGUCGCCGCUGGCCAAGGGCGCGUUCCUGCGGGGCACGGGGCUCAAUUUGGCGAGCGGCCGCUUCACAGCGCCCGUGGGCGGCAUCUACCAAUUCUCAGCCAACAUCCACAUCGAUCACAGCGAGCUGAGGAGCAAAGGGCAGCUGCGGGCCCGGGACAACGUGCGGGUCCUGAUCUGCAUCGAGUCCCUGUGCCAGCGGUACACCUCCCUGGAAGUCAUUGCUGGGCUGGAAAGCAACAGCAGAAUCUUCACCGUUUGUGUCCAUGGGCUGCUGCAGCUGCAGGCCGGUCAGUACGCCUCCAUCUUAUCAAUACUCUGUAAUCAAUAUGAUCAAUACCCUAUAAUCAAUAUGAUCAAUGCCCUGUGA